GGUUUAAAACUACAGUACCCACAAUGUCGAGGUACGUUCUGAUUGGUUGGUAACAAUCACCAUCAUUUGACGUAAUCUAAAGGCGCGCGCGAAAUUCCUUAAAUAAUUUCCGGCAGUAUUCGUCAGUUGGCUCAGUUUGGCUGAAUACUGCCGUUCGUCGCUUCCAGCGCCCUGUUGAAUGCACGUCUAAGGAUGACAGCGGUCCUACAGCAUCCAGGGUAUGAGGAGGAGAGGAUGCAAAGGGUCGCAGGGCAGCUGCCCGGCAGGGAGGUCCAGGCUGGGAUGCUGCUGUCGCUGAUGGGACAGCCUCAGCAUUACAGCUACCCUUCAAUCUUCAUCUACGGUCAUCGGGCCUCCGGGAAGAGUCAUGUGAUGCACGUUCUGCUGAAGGAACUUGAGCUGCCUCAUGCCACAGUCAGCUGUGUCGAAUGUGUUUCUGUCACGUUGCUGUUUGAACAAGUGCUGCUGUCCUUCUUUGGCUGUGACGCCGCCUCGCUGCUCCCCUGCAGUCCCUCCCUGUCUGACUUUGUACGCAUCUACAGACAGCAGUGUUCCCAGACUCCUGCCAAAGAGACACGAUACAUUGUAAUGGACAAAGCUGAGCUUCUGAGGGACGCUGAUACCAAUCUCCUGCCUGCUCUCUUACGUCUUCAGGAAUUGGUAGAAGACAAUGUUACCGUUAUCCUGCUCAGUGAAAUCGUCUGGGAUAACUUCAGACCAAACACCGGCUGUUUUGAGCCACUUCUGCUCAACUUCCCCGACUACAGUAAAGGUGAGCUGCAGCAGAUCUUGUCUCAGGACAGACAUCCUUCCUAUUCGGCUGAGUUUUACUCUUCCUACAUCAACAUCCUGCUGGGCGUCUUUUACUCUGUCUGUCGGGACCUCAGGGAGCUGCGCCGCCUGGCUGCCCUCAACUUUUCAAAGUUCUGUGAGCCCUUGGCAGAAGGAAAAGUGAAAGAAACGGACACACACAAGCUGUGGAAAAAUAUUGAGCCUCAUUUGAAGAAAGCCAUGCAGACGGUUUAUCUGCGAGAGGUGUCCAGUCUUCAGUGGGAACAAAUGCAGCAAAUGGAGGAGAAGGAAGCUGGAGCCUUGAGAGGGUUGUCUGCUCACACUCAUGUCGAAUUGCCUUAUUAGUUCCUGCGGAUUGCUGCCUACCUGGCAUCCUACAACCCUGCCCGCACAGACAAGCGCUUUUUCCUGAAGCACCAUGGUAAAAUAAGAAAAACAAACUUCCUGAAGAAAAAUGAAAAGACCAGUAACCACCUUCUGGGGCCCAAACCCUUCCCUCUGGACCGCUUGCUUGCCAUUUUCUACAGCGUGGUGGACAGCAGAGUGGCUCCUACCGCCAGCAUCUUCUCCCAGAUCUCCUCUCUGGUGACCUUGCAGCUGUUGACUCAGGUCAGUCACAAUGAUCAGCUCAAUGCCCCGAAGUACAAAUGUGCUGUUUCCAUGGAUUUCAUCUGUGCCAUUUCCAGGACGGUGAAUUUUGAUAUUGUAAAAUAUCUCUAUGACUUCCUGUGAGCCAGCUGUGAUUAAAGAAGUGACACAGUGACAGUAAGACACACGAACAAACUUGAGGACGAGCACUGGGCAAAGUAAGGAGCUCAGACUACUACAGGGAUUCAUGUGCAGGAAAACGUAUUCCAUUUCUGUGGCUGCCCCCUUGUGGCUGACAGUUGAGCUGAGGAGCGUGCCACUGUCCAUGUUAAAAAUGUGCAUUUGAGUAAAAUAAAUGCCAUAUUGGCAAUUCAU